UCAAGGGUAGUGAGAGGAAGUAUUCCGAACUCACAGUUAACUCACGUGGGCGAUGCACCAAUAUUACACCCACCUGCGAGCAGCGCACCGUUGACCAUGGCAACGUUGGCGGUGACGAUUACACUGGUGACCUUGAUAACAGUGGCAACACGUGCGUUUUCCAGUAGACUCUGUACCAACUGUGAGGACGAUAACCGAGUUUGUGUUGAAGGAGAGUGUGUGCCACGAUGUAUCAAUCUGACGUCACCUGGAGAGUGUCUUCAGUGUCGGGACUCCAGGUUCUACGGUAAACAGUGUGAACAUGACUGUCCAGACACCUGUCUCAACUCUCGCUGUCAGACGGACAGCCUGGUUGUGUGUACAGAGGGAUGUAUUGCUGGCAAAAGGGGAGACAACUGUGGUGCGAACUGUGAUGCAGCCUGUACACAGUGUAAACGUUAUGGAGAUGAUUGCAUAGGACCAUGUCAGAAUCCCCGGUAUUACGGUCCACACUGUAGAACGCCUUGUCCAUCCACCUGUAGAGACGGAUGUGAUAAGGAUAUAGGGAAAUGUCGUGCCUGUAUAUUAGGUUCCCUUGGAACGUUCUGCAAUGUUACCUGCUCAUCACAAUCUUGUGUAGAAUGCGACGAACAUAAAGAGACGUGUACACGGUGCGAUGAGAGCUACUUCGAGUGUGACGAUGGAAAAUGUCACGGCGAAGACUGUCACACAGAUGCCACCACAGCCUCACCAGGGGAACCAGAUGGUCUGAAAACUGUCCACAUCCUGAUGAUUGUGUGUUCCAUCCUGUCAACAUUUCUGUUGAUCGGUGCUCUUCAGACUGUUAAGAAGAUUUAUAAAAAACGAAGAAGGUCCCAGCAGGAUGCUGUAACAGUCACCCAAGCCGAAGGUAGUGGAUCCAGUACCUAUUUGGCGCAUAAAUACUAUGAGAUCAACGAUCAGGACGUGGACACUGGCUGCAGGGAACAAGUUUUGUUGACCACCAGACCUGAACAGAGGGUGGCUUGCCUUAAAGAAUCAUCACAUGAACAGCCGAGCCAAGGGAACAGGAUGAGGGAAGAGAUUGAUGCUGUACCAGAUAUUAAACCAAGGGUUAUUGAUACUCCAGGUGCGAUGGCUGAUGGUGACAAAGUAGGUGUGGUAGACGGACCAGACUGGCAUCAGGAACAUAUCUAUGAACCCAUGUCAGGCUCGAGGUUGCACGGUGUUAAUGGACAAACAGAUACACAUGAAGAUAUGCAGACAAGCAGUGAGUCUCUCGAGUUACUGGAAUUAAUAGCUGCCUCUGCUAAUGCACAGGUGAGGUAUCUAACAACACAGCGCACAGGCGACGCGGAUGAUGACCUUGGUGAUGAAUAAGGAAACGACGCUGUAAUGUGCGAUGUGUUCAUACUACACUGUGCCGCGAUUAUGUGGAGGGGAUUACAGACCCAGAAACAUUUGUCAGUGUGGUGUAGAUGCAUCACUACCUACGCUUUGUUGGUUUAUCUUGCUGUUGACUUUCCAAAGGAGACACUUGUGUUAUAGUUCCAGACACUACAUAUGUAAAUGAUUGACCAUCAUGUUGUGUAUAUACCUUCCCAGUUGCAAGCAAUAAUAUUGAGUAUUGUGUUGUGUUGCAUGGCCCAUACAUUGGAAAUAUCUGCCCCAGUAUGUGCCAAAGAAAGUUGUGUACUAAUUAUAUUGAUUGUAUAUAUUUUCCAGAUGAGUGAAGAACACUCUAAAUAGAGUCAUUGUUUCCACAUGUAUAUAUUGCUGUCCUUAAAACGCUGGACACUGGGUUCAACAAAUAAACAACUUACUUUA